AUGACCAAAUUCCUCUCUUUUGACCCCCUACUGUGGGCGACGGAUGAAAGCGAGAGGGGACCCGGGGACCCGGGACCCCUAGCGCCCUUCGUGCUGCUACCAGCUCCUAACGACAUCAACGCGAUGGCCGGCCGUCUUCCUCAAUAUGACUGGCUUGACCAAGUGUCCGCCCAGCCUGCCGAGCAAGAGCGGGAUUUCCAGCUGCUUUUCAAGUACGUCCAGAGCCGGCCAGAUAAACAGAACGGUCCUCUUAUCGACAAGUCCACAAACUUUAAAAGGCACUGGAUAUGGAAGCUCUGGGAAGGCCUCUGUCGUUUGUCCAAGACAGACUCGGCUCGCCCCUGGGAAGAGUUUCUUCUGGGCCGUGAUAGGGGGCUCUACGCGAUUAAGAUACGCAUCGUUCUCGACGCGCGCGAGUGCGCAAAAAUGCGAACAGUCACACAUGCCUCGACCGUUAUUAUAAUCUGGAGGGCGCUUGUUGCCGCUGCCGAUUUCCAUGUCAUGGAGGCCAUAAGGCGGGCUCAGCCAAAAAAAGCUCGUUUCUAG